GGAGCCGCAUGGGGCCGUGAGAAGCCGCCGCUGAGAGCCGGGAAAUUCCCCCGGACGCCUGGGUCCCUCCGAGGUGUCGCUCUCCCCCUCCCCCACACAUAUUGUGAUCCUUGCCGAAUGCCGGGGUCCCACUGAUCCCCCCGCCCUCCCAAUCAGCCGCUGACAAUAGGAGCCUGCGAGCUCCUUGCCCGGACGCCUGGGUCCUACCGAGAUUUCUAACCCCCGCACCCCCCCCCCAUCCGCCGCUGACAAUAGGAGCCUGAGAUCUCUUUGCCCGGACGCCUGGGUCCCUACAACGCUGGAUCGCCGCUGACAAAAGGCGGUUUGGAACCUUCCCCUCCUCCCACGCCUCGCCCGGACGCCUGGGUUCUGAGGAGGCGCCCGCAGAGAAUUCGGACCCUCCCGCACCGAAAGGAGCCGCCUUUUCGCCGCCCGGACGCCUGGGUUCCGCUACUUUCCUCCAGGAGCAGGGGCGGGAAAGAGCAGGGAGCCCCCCCAGAUUCCUCUGCCGGCUCCGCUAUCCCUCCUUCUCUGCCUCUCCCGCCUCCCCCAGCUCUCUCUCCAUCCCUCCUUUCUCCCACUUCCUCAUUCCUUCUUUCCUCAUCCCCCUCUUCCAUUCUUUUGCUGUCCUUCCUUCCCGCUAGUCCUCCUUCCCGGACUCUCUAUCCCUCCCUUCCUCCUGGUAAACCAUUCCUCCAUUUCUGCCCCUUUCUCUUGCUCCUCCUCCUCCUCUUAAACUCUCUGUCCUUCCCUGACACCCUCUCUAUCCUUCCCUUUCAUUCUCUUAAACUCUCCCUCCAUUCCCCCUCUUCUGCCAUCCCUCCUUCCCUGACACACACUCUAUCUCUCCCUUUCAUCCUCUUAAACUCUCCCUCCAUUCCCCCUCUUCCUCCAUCCCCGACAUUUUCUUUAUCCCUCCCUUUCAUCCUCUCAAACUAUCCUCCAUAACUCCUUCCCUGCCUCCCUUUCCCCCCGUCCCCACUUCCCUCCCUGCCCUCCACAGCCCCGGGGUGAGGAUGGCGUCAGCUCCAUUGCCAGCCCUGCCAGAGUGGAAGCUGCAGCUGCUGGAGAGGAAACGGAAGGAAGAGGAAGAGGCACGGCGCAGAGAGCGGGAGCAGCAGGACCGCAUGGCCAAGAUGCCAGCCUGGAAGCGGGAGAUCAUCGAACGCCGCCGGGCCAAACAGGGCUCUGGUGCCUCCUUCUCGGACACGGAGGGCAGUGGCAGCGGAGCAGGGCCCCCCUCGGCUGUGGCGGGGCCGCCCGGCCCCGGAAUGGGCCAGGAGGAGAGCACCGUGCUGCAGGAGAAGAUUGGCCCGGUGCACCAGAACCCCUUCAUCCAGCUGGAGAAGAGGCGCAAGGAGACGGCGGCGCCGGAGGCCGAGCCAGCUGGCGCCAAGGCCAAGCAGUUGAUGGAGCUGUACAGCCAGCGCCCUGGGGUGAGGACCCUACGAGCCGACAAUGUCAUCAUCAUUGAGUCAGUGCCGGGAGCGGCACUGCCGAGGGCCGAAUGGCAGGGGGAGGCCAAAUCCGGCAGUGUGGAAUCCCUGAACGAGCUUCUGGCUCGGCGCGGUGGGAGCGUGACCGAGAUCCGGGCCGGCGAAGUCUUCAUUGUCAAAUCGGCCCUCAGCCGCAGCGUGGAAGACCUCAACUCCUUCGGCCAAAGCCACGGCGAGGCUGAUUGCCAGCAGGGGCUCCCGGAGCAACGCCGUGGGCGUGUCAGCAAGCUGUUAAGCCGCUUCGGCCAGGAGGACCCAGCCCCCCGCCCACUCAGGUCCCUCAGCACUGAGAACCUUGCCGAUGGCUCCUAUGAACGCCCCCUGGCAACAAGGAAACCGCCCGGCUCGGCCCAGCACCAUAGUGGCACACCCAGCCCUCCCCAUGACCUGCCAGGCCUGGCCCCCUCACCACCUCCCUUCACCGUGGCUUCCUACCGCAGCCAGUUCGAAGCCAGGUCUGAGGCCUGGCCAGAGAGCCCUCCACGGCGCUCACCCACCGGCAAAGCAUGGGGCAAGGAGGCUGCCUCACCAGAGCGGGGAGCCAGGCGUGAUGGCGGCAGCCCUGGCACAGUGGUGCCGGGUCCUCAGGGCAGGGAGGCCAAUUCACCGGAUAGGGGAGCCUGGCACUGUGGAAGCACAUUGGCCUUGGUGCCAGGGCCUCAAGGCACGGAGGCCACCUCGCCAGAUAGGGGAACUAGGGGUGAUGGCAGUGCCAUGGCAGCAGGACCACGAGGCAGAGAAGCCGCCUCACCGGAGAGGGGAGCCAGGCCUGGUGGCGGUGCAUUGGCGUUGGGGCCAGGCCUACAAGCCAGAGAAGCCACCUCACUGGAGAGGCGUGACAGUGGUGGCAGUGGCUCGGGUGCGGUAAUACCAGGCCCACUGGGCAGAGACGUCACCUCUCUGGACAGGGGUGGCAGGGGGGACAAUGGAGACGCCUCAGCCUCAGGCCUGCCCAUCGACACCAUAUUGGAUGCCGAGGCCCAGGCCAAAGCUGUGGCCAGCCUGCGUCUCCAUUCGCGCAACUCCUUCGUGGUGGUGCCACGCCGGGCGGCCGCCUCCCCUCCCCCAGACCCCGGCGAGGUUUGGCAGGAAACCAGCACUUCUCCUCCAAAGGCUGCCUCUGCUCCGGCCUCCACUUCCUCCUCCUCCUCCCCCAGCCGUGAGCAGCUUCCCCUCCCGGCCAGCACCGAGGAGCCGGCCGAGGGGGAGGCCAUGAGGCGCGGGGGCCGGGGGCCCCGGGAGCUGGGGGGCCCCUCCGCCCUACCCCACCCGGCCGUGCAGCGCCGGAGCGGCAACACCAUCACCAUCAAUCCCCGCAAGGCGCCGGUGCCUGCUGUGGAGAACGGCGUGGAGAGCGAGGGGGGUCCCGCGGCGCUCGAGAAGGCGGCCAGCACCCCACCGAAGAAGCGCUACCCCACGGCAGAGGAGAUCCAGGUGAUCGGGGGCUACCUGUCGCUGGCGAAAUCCUGCCUGGCCAAGAAUGACCCCCAUCGCAAAAAGUUGAAGAUCUGGUUCAGCGAGAGCCAGCUGGAGCGCACCUUCCAGUACCCAUCCGAAGGGUCCCUGCUGGAGGAGUUUGGGCCCCCCGAGGAGUUGGACAUGCCGGCCUGUGCCAACCCCCAUGGGGAGGACGAAGAGGAAGAGGAGGAGCUGCUGCUUCUCCAUCGCGACCUGCCGGGUGUGCUCAGGACCAAAUCCCUCAUCGUGGAUGAAUCCUGCAGGCGGUAACCCCGCAGAACCCCUCUCCCUUAUGGCAGGGGGACGGGGCAGGUCCAGAAGAUGCCCUGCCAUGACUGGGUCCCGACCGGCCCCUUCUCUUUCGUCUUCCAGUAAAAUCUCAGCAAGAACAAGGACUGGAGGGAGGUCGGCUCCAGGCCCCCUGGCUGUGACUAGGCCAGAGCAGCUAUCAUCCCAUUUGACUGCUCCCCUAAGGUCCAGCAGGGGGGAUGAGACCAACAGAAAAACAGCAUCCAGAGAGCCUUCAGGAACAAACCCACUGCAGCCAGCAGGGGGCACUCUGCACCACCUGGACUGUGCUGGGAGAGCCCAUUCCCACUGCAGCCAGCAGGGGAUGCUCUGCACCGCCUGGACUGUGCUGGGAGAGCCCAUUCCCACUGCAGCCAGCAGGGGAUGCUCUGCACCACCUAGACUGUGCUGGGAGAGCCCAUUUCCACUGGGGGCUCUCUGCAUCAUGUUGACUUUGCUGGGAGAGCCCAUUCUCAAUGCAGCCAGCGGGGGGGACUCUCUGAACCCUGUGGACUGUGCUUGGAGAGCCCAUUCUCACUGCAGCCAGCAGGGGGCACUCUGCACCACCUGGACUGUGCUGGGAGAGCCCAUUGCCACUGCAGCCAGCAGAGGAUGCUUUAAACCCCAUGGACUUUAUUGCCACCGAGAGGUCACCUGGCCUACCUUCAGCCAAAGUUUAAAGAUCACAUCCCCUCCUGAAAAUGGGUAUGCGGGGGGGGGGGGGGCGGUGGCAAAGAAAACCGACCCCCCACUAUACACACAUGCAUUUUUUGUAACUAUUGAAUCCUUUUUCUAGAGGGCAUCAUCCAGAAGGGAGAACUUUUGUCUCCCAGUUUUUACUUCCUAAUAAUGCUGCUGGGGUGGUCAGAGUUAAGGGGAUUGUAGUUUAGGAGGGGGAGGGGUGGGGUUUAUUUGGGAGGGGAGGGUUCACUUUGUUACUUGAUAGGGUCCAAUUGUAAUUGCAGAGGAGCAGAUCACUAUCGGAGGGCGAGGCAAUCUGUGACUGGGGUGGAGCCAGUUGAGAUUGAGACGGAGCCAGUCAGCAUUUAGAGAGUGGGGCAAAUUGCUACUUUGCAUGGGGAGGAUCAUUUGCAAGUGUUCUGGAGCUAGUUACAGAUGGGGCCAUUUUUAUGUACUUCAGGCAGGACUAGUUGUGUUUGGGGGAGUGGGGCAGUAUGUGGUUUAGGGGUGGGAGGUGGAGCCAACCAGGAAUUGGGGAGGGACCAGCUGUGACUGGAGGUCAGGGGGAGGAGGUGACUGAAGCAGAGGGCGGGCCAAUGGUGUGACUUCCUGUUUUAGCCAUCCCACUUCCUGUGUAAGUGGAGCAAUUUCACCACCUUUCAUGGGUGGGGGAGGGGGUUGUGUCAUUCAGAGCCUCUGAUGGGCAGGAGUGAGAACGGAGGGACAGUGGAAUUGGAUGUGUGGGGACAAGAAUGAGGAUAGAGAGAAUGAGGAAUGGGAUGAGUGGGGAGGGACGGAUGGAUGAAUGAGCCCCUCCUCUGUGAGUUUAGUUCGUUCUUGGUAUUAUUAAUUCAUUUUCCUUUGCACGGGGGGGAGCAGCUGCAUCCUCGCCCGGGAACGAGGAUGUGAGUGAAUGAACAAAUGCAGCAGGCUCCUCCCCCCGCCCAGGGAGCAGGGGUAGAUGUGUGGUCACAAGGGAGUGGGGCUAAACGAGGCAUCAGCCCCUCCCAUUUAACUCCCACCCUGCUCUGAGCAGGAGGCACUGAUGCUGCAUCUGAGUGCUGGCAGGGGGAGGGGGCUGCAUCCGGCCAGUUCCAAUAGUGUUUUUUUACAUAUAUUAUAAUAAUAAAACAGAAAGAUGUUGCACGUGAA